AUGCCUUCCCCUAGAACAAGGUUGUUCGAUGCCAUGAAUAUCUCCAUUUUCACCUUGGAGAUUGCAAACAAAAGCAGUUCGAGCUUUAUUGGACCAGACUCAGAUGUCAAAUUUGGAUCAUUACAGGAGGAUAUCAAUAAAUUACAAAUUAGAGAAGCGGAGAAUUUAGAUGAACUUAUAUCACUGGCUUGGAGAUUGGAAAUGAAACGUUUAACUGACGAAGAGAUAAAGUUAUUCAAAAAGAUUGUUAGAAUCACCAGUAAGCUCUUCCAGUGGGAAGAAAAAAUCGAAGAGGAGAUAUCACCGCAACUUCUGGAAACUAUCAAUGUAUACAUAAGGGCAUUGUACGCUCACAUGGAUAGCGAAUGGCAAGCCUUAGACGAUAUCGAAGAAAAGGUUCCUUUUUACAAGUUUCCCCAAAACUUAUUGACCGGUAAGUUGUUUUCCAUUUUUGGAUUUGGCCUUCAACACAUUGAGGGCACUUUCAGAUCGUCAGCUCCAAAUACAGACGUCUAUAACAAGUUAGACAAUGAUAAUUGUGUUGUUUCUUCAAGUAAAUUUACUUACUCAGGGUUGAGAUACAACAACGUCAAAUUGAAAAAAUUCCACACAGAUCGCGAUUGUCAAUGUCUUCAAGUUCCCGUUGUGGAUUUUCUCAUUCAUUUGGAGUCGUCCUUUGUGAGUUACGUCAUCAACACGUACUUGGCCCCUUUGUUGAGAAUGUCCGGCUGGAUAUUCACACCUGAAGUAAAAUUGGCAACUGUGGACGGUCAUUAUCUCAGGACAGAUCUCCAAAUCCAAUCGGGAGAUAAGAAAUCAUUUAUUGAGUAUAAAAUGGAACCCCUCAACGACUUUUACAAGGAUGGCAAAAACACCCAUUCAGCAGCAAUGACCCAAGUUCUGGGUUGCAUGGUUGGAACUAAAACGGACACCUGCUUCAUUGUGACUACAUCAGCUAUUAUACAAUUUAGGCUCAAAGAAUUCAAGACAACCGUCCUCGGUGUUAUGCCAGUGUUUGAAAUUGACAAUUAUAACUACCGUGAAGGUGAUGUAAGUGGUUUAACCUACUUAUUCCUCAAGUUGCAGGAUUUUGAGCCGAAGCCAUUGAACCGGGAUCAGUAUGAAUGUCUUAAAGAGGCAGUGGUAAGGAAGAAUGUGUGA